AAAUGUAUGCAUACAGAAAUACAAAUUCCAAGUUCCAAUAAAACUACUACCAAACGCUGAAUUGUGAAUUCCCUCUGCUUAUUUUCUCAUUCACAUUCAUACGCUACCUUAUUCUCCCUCAAUUCCAUUCAGGUUCAUUCUCAAUUCCCUUCUUUUUCUUUCUUUCCCCUUUAUCUUCACAUUCCUCAUUUUCUUUCUCAUCUUCAUUCUCAUUCUCAUGCAUUCGUUUCCCAUGAAACCAUCUUCAUCGUUCUCUCCUUAUUAUCCCCUAUCCGACCACUGUUCUUGUCUCUGUCGUCGUUGUUGUUGUUACUGUUACUGUUCUUGUUGUUACUGAAACUGUUUAUAUCCAAAACCCUAAUUUCUGUUAAUUUGGUAUUAUUUAUCUGUCUCGGUUAUUCAUGGAUGCUAGUGCGGGUUUAUCUCUCGGGUUGAAUGCUUCAUCUUCGCCAUCUCAUACAGGUUCAUCAACUGCUUCACUCAGUGAUAGUUCCUUUUCGUUGAAUUUGAAUUCCAAAUCGAACCAAUCUCUGUCAUGGCGUUUACUGCAUGAGAAACAACACAAUGUUGGUGUUGUGAAAAAGCAAGAGCCGGAAGAGGAUGACGAUGAUGGAGUUGUUGAUGGUGAGAAAAGUGAAACUAUUGAUUUUAUGGGUAGGCCUGUGUGUUUGAAGAGGAAAAUUGAGGGGUAUUAUAAGCAAGAGGAGCCGAGUUUAUCGUUGAAGCGUGUCACGGUGGAUUCUAAGGCUUCUGUGAGUUGGGGGAACCAGCCGCUGAGUGUGGCUGAUCCUGAGAUAUUUAUGAUUAUGGAGAAGGAGAAGUUGAGGCAGUUUAAAGGGAUUGAGUUGAUUGCUUCUGAGAAUUUUGUAUGCAGGGCGGUGAUGGAAGCCCUUGGGAGUCAUUUGACUAAUAAAUACUCUGAGGGGAUGCCGGGGGCGAAAUACUAUACUGGGAAUCAGUACAUUGAUCAGCUUGAGUUUCUGUGUUGUGAACGUGCGUUGAAUGCGUUUGGUCUUGAUUCGAAAAAGUGGGGUGUUAAUGUUCAGCCUUAUUCAUGUACUUCUGCAAAUUUUGCUGUUUAUACUGGUCUUUUGAAUCCGGGAGAUAGGAUUAUGGGUUUGGAUUCACCUUCUGGUGGACAUUUGAGUCAUGGGUUUUAUACUCAUGGUGGGAAGAAGGUUUCUGCAGCGUCUAUAUUUUUCGAGACUUUGUCUUAUAAGGUUAAUCCUUUGACGGGGUACAUUGAUUAUGAUAAGCUUGAGGACAAAGCAGCAGAUUAUAGACCUAAGAUUCUUAUCUGUGGGGGAAGUUCUUAUCCUAGAGAAUGGGAUUAUGCAAGGUUUAGGAAGAUUGCUGAUAAAUGUGGAGCUGUUUUGAUGUGUGAUAUGGCGCAUAUUAGUGGCCUUGUUGCUGCUAAGGAAGUUGCUUGUCCAUUUGAUUACUGUGAUAUUGUAACCUCAACUACCCACAAAAGUCUUCGAGGUCCAAGAGGAGGCAUCGUCUUUUACAGAAGAGGAACAAAACCAUCAAAGAAAUGUUUUAUUCUUAAUCACAGGGAUGAUAAUAGCACUUAUGAUUAUGAGGAGAAGAUAAACUUUGCUUUAUAUCCAUCCUUACAAGGAGGUCCCCACAAUAAUCACAUUGCUGCUCUUGCCAUAGCUUUGAAACAAGUUGCAACCCCAGAGUAUAAAGCAUACAUGCAGCAGGUUAAAAGAAAUGCACAGGCAUUAGCAACUGCGUUGUUGAAAAGAAAAUGCAGAUUGGUAACAGAUGGGACUGACAAUCAUCUUUUGCUCUGGGAUAUAAAUGCACUCGGCUUGAUUGACAGAAACUAUGAGAAAGUCUGCGAGGCGUGUCACAUCACUCUUAAUAAGUGUGCCAUCUAUGGUUCUAUUUCUUCUGGAGGAGUGAGAAUUGGCACUCCUGCAAUGACAUCACGAGGCUGUUUAGAGGAGGAUUUUGACACCAUAGCCGAUUUUCUUCUGAGGGCAGCUCAGAUUACCAGCAUUAUACAGAGGGAACAUGGUAAAUCAUGCAAGGAUUUUCUCAAGGGUCUUCAGAAUAAUAAAGAUAUUUUUGACCUCAGAAAUCGGGUUGAGACAUUUGGUUCCCAGUUUGAAAUGCCAGGAUUCAAUAUUUGAUUUCAAAGUUGUAAAGCAGGCACCAUCCAUUCAUGCGUUCCUGAUAUUAUUAGUUUAUUAUGAUAUAGUACUUCCUAGCUUACUGUGUUUUGAAUUGCUUUUCCAUGGUAACUCAUUAGAUUUGAUUUUCCGGUUAUUAUUUAGCGAGAGUACAAAUUAUUCAAGUUCUAUGCAGUUUCCGUUAGUCACAACUUUGAUGGUUACCCUUUUCUUUAUGAAGAAACAUCAGUAAAAUUAAAUAA